AUGGCUAAACGUUCGGGAAUUCGGCCAAGUGUUAGCGGAAUGGACUUGAAUAGAAGACUCAAACUGUUGAGUGGUGAAAUGGAGAGUAUAAAAAAGAGUUUGGGGCACGAAGAUGUUGCCACUGUUACAGCUAGUUCAAGUAGACAAUGUCGUUCUAGGCGUCUCAGCCGGAGUAGGAUUAGAAGUGAACGUAAACGUAAUCGUUCCGUUUCUGCAAGUAACUCUGUUAUGACUACGGAAAGGAACAAGCGUGUUAGGCACGAAGAUGUUGCCAUUUCGGUCCAUGAUCGAAAUAAAUCUCGAUAUGUACACGACAAGCAUGAUUAUAAUGGGCACGAAGAUGUUGCCAAUUCUCCGAGAUUUCGGCGUGUUAGAAGAAUUAGCUCUUCUAGGUCUCCCGAUACCGUUGGUGGGCGCGAAGAUGACGCCUCUUCUCACAGCGAAAAUAGCGAUACCGAUGCACCUGAACAAGAGUGCGUUAUGGAGAACGAUGAGAGUGCUGCCUAG